UUUACAAUGCGGACGUCGGGCUGCUAAUGCUAAGUGUCGAGAGAUACAUCUGCAUUCAAAUCGUACAUUACAACCACUUCGCUCACCACAAAUGGCGUCUCAGAUCCCCAUAACCGUCAGGGCUCCGCCGGCAGCCGCCAGCUCCGCCGCUCUCCGGGGGAAGAAACGUCCCGCUAGUCCGGCGGUGUCUGCCGCUCAGCCGGUCACCGGGAGCAGCAGCAGCAGCAGCAGCAAGAAGAAGAAGGGCCAGCUGACAACUGUACCAACCACACCGGCACAGAUAACAGCAGUGGAGUCGGUGGAUGAGGUGAAGCCAGUGGCAACAGUCGACUGCAAUCCUACGGCCAUCACAGAGUCCACAGCAAAGCCUCCCCCAUUCAAAGACCCCGCAUUUAUGCAUUCUGGGAUCGGUGGAGCAGCAGCAGGUAAAAAGAACAGGACCUGGAAGAAUCUCAAACAGAUCCUGGCUUUGGAGCGGACUUUACCCUGGAAGCUCAAUGAUCCCAACUACUACAGCAUUGACGCCCCUCCCUCCUUGAAGCCAACUAAGAAAUACUCAGACAUCUCUGGACUCCCUGCAAAUUACACGGACCCACAGACGAAGCUACGCUUCACAUCCUCCGAGGAGUUCUCCUACAUACGCCUCCUCCCCACAGAUGUUGUUACUGGCUACCUUGCCCUCCGAAAGGCAACAUGUAUCGUACCCUGACAGCUGAGCAAGGCUUGAAACCUGAAACAGGUUGAAACUAGAACUGAAAUCAUGUCAGUGUAGGAAGCUGUUGGACCAGCCAGGAGACCGAGAGCACAGGCUGCAUGUGGUCGCGUGGACAAAGCCUGAGUCAUUAUUGUUGCUGUGUGACAAAAUCAAUGGGACAAAUGUGAAACAUGAGGUUUUUUACAUUUGGAAAACAAAACAAACUUUUGAGUUAUUUCCUUAUUCUUAUUGUGACGAAACCUUGAUGUUGUCAAUAGCUCAUUGUUUUAUUGUCACUCUAUCUGAGAAUGUCCGAUGAACUGGACGAAACAUGUUUUAUUCCAAAAGGGGACAGAAAGUGUUAAUAAAUUCCUUCAAAAGUCACUAAUAGUUUUAUGUUGCAUAUUUUAAAAAAAAACACAUUUCGUAGUAUUCUAGAUUAUAUUUUUCCAUUAUGUGCUCCUAUGAACUGUGGUUAGUGGAAGUUUGAGAGCUGAGUGUGGAUUUGCUUCUGCUAAAUCCCAGGUGAACAUCCAGUUGUUUCUCAUUUACUCAGUGACAAAGACGCAGUACGCCCCCUUGUGGUGGAGUGUCUGUCUCCAGUGCUGAAAAACCUGUCCUGUUAGGUUAAAGAGAAGUAGACAAAAAAUGUUGCAUAGCCUUUUGAAGGAGUUUGUCCAUUUUAGAUUUAUGAUUUUUAUAUGAAGCUCAUUAAAGCUAAUUUGAAUU